AUGGAGCCUGACUUCAUACCCAGAAAGUCCGUCUGUCUGGGCCAACCGCUGCCCCCAAAUGUUGUCAUUCAUGACAGCGAUCCGGCCUUCCGCCCAGGAAUGGAACGUCUGUAUCCUUCAAGUGCCGAGAGCAACAUCCUAGAAGAGCUGGUCAUCCUCAAAACAAAGCUACGACUACUCAACAAUGAUGACUUCUGGUCCUUCGUUUCCGAGCGCAUGGCCGAAAUCCUAGGCGCCCAACUCUCUUUCAUCGCCAAACAGCCUGGCUCCUGUCUGAUGGCAAGUGCAUGGUACUACAACGAUGGAAAAGGUGUGCAGGGUGUCGAGAAAGGCUUCAAAUACCAUGCUUACGGCUGCCCCUGUUCUUACAUGCGUCAUGACAAGGUCUUCAUCAUUCCCGAAAAGGUCAGCGAAAUGUUUGCCAACAACCCAAACAAGCUGCCCAUCUCGGCCGAAGCCUACAUUGGCAUUCCUCUCUUCGCUGACGGCAAGUGUUUUGCUCAUUUCGGUGUUAUUUGGUCUGUUGAAGGCGCCACAAAGAGGAAACUUUCAUGGGCUUUCAUCGAAAUGUUCCUGCACGGUCUGGAAGAUCUGAUUCUAGAACGUCUGCUCGCAGGAUCCGAGUUCAAAGACAAAGCAACUGCCAACAGAGAAAUGCCCCGCGUUAUCCCCCAUGAAGUCAUCACCGCCGCUCAAUCUCUGCAACCCUAUGCAAAGAGCUUAUCUCACGAAUUGAGAACACCAAUGCAAGGCGUGGUUGGUAUGCUUGAUGUCAUGUAUGCUACGGUUCAAGAAGCUGCAGAAGGUCAAACGAACGCAGAAGUUCGUAAAGUAUUCGAAACACUCAAGGAGAACAUUGAAACAGUCCAAGGUAGCUCGCGUCGUGCUGUUGAGGCCGCCGAUAAUGUCGUACACGCCUACGACAUGAACCUCGGCAUUCCUACUGGACCGCCCAUCAAUGAGGACUCAUUGGAUGGUUUCCCUGACUUCAGCCACGCUUCUCAUCCCGAAAUUCUUGUUGCUGGAAGCGAUCUGCCAAUCUCGAGACCUAACAAGCGCCGUCGCGAGGAGCCCAAGAAUGAGACAGGAGGAAGCCCGACUAAGAUUCAGGCCACCCUUGCAGCACGAGCAGCUAAAGCCUCGCCCACCGAUGGCAUGAAACUGGGUGUCCAGGAAGCUGAGGACCUUCCCGAAGGUUCCGCACGAGCCACAAUGCCUAUGAGUCCUCGACCUAUGAUCGCCCCUCUACAAGGCGACCGCGCCAUUGCUCCAGGUGUUAGACACACUAACCUUCGCCGGGUUCUGCAGUACGUCGUCAAUGAGGGAUUGAAGGUUGGAGGAAGGCCAGAGUCAGCCAUCGCUCAAGAAACAUAUCUUGGCGAGAUCAUCGAGGUUUGCACACGUUCAGCAAAGGGCGAGCCCAGAACGAAACUUAUUGAGUGGUCCGUGGAUUCUGCUGUACCAGAAACAAUACUGGCCGACGAGAAAGACCUUGCUAAGCUGAUCUCUUGCGUUUUCUUGAACGCUACUAAAUUCACUGAGCAAGGUAAUAUUACUCUCGCAGCAAAACUCAGCCCAAAAGCUCGAUACAUCGUCAUCAAAUGUACAGACACAGGCCCGGGUAUCCCUGCAGCAUUCCUCCCGCGCCUCUUCCAACCAUUCUCACAAGAGGAUCCUUCUCUCACUCGUCAAAGCGAAGGUCUUGGUCUUGGUCUUUUGGUGGCCAAGGGUCUAGCACGGAAGCUUGGUGGAGAUUUGUUUUGCAUUCGCGCAGACACCACUGGUCCCAAGCGGGGAUCCGAGUUUGAGAUGAGGAUCCCUCUCAAGGCUGGUGAUACCACCACUCGUCCCCCAUCACCCUUCGGAACGCCAUCACACAGUAGAGUACGCCAGUCAAACUCAAUAGAUUCAGAUGGACGCCCCUCUCCUAUGCCCAAUCUUGUUGGCUCACAUAACCGUACUCGAAGCGACAACUCGACCAAGGACCUGCCAUCCCCAACUGAGAAACCUGUCACCGCUGAAUCAUCUGCAGCACCUGCUGUCAGAAGUCCUCCAGCACUCAAACAUAGUCACUCAUUUCCCGUACCAUCGUAUCCACCUAAGCAACCAAGCACAAGUGGUCGAAAGUCAUCGGCAUCGAUCAACGGUAUCGACCGCAACUUGGCUGCCAAGUACCCACUGAACUUCUUGGUUGCUGAGGAUAACAAGAUCAAUCGCAAGCUUCUUGUUAGUAUGCUCAACAAGUUUGGCUACAAGACAGUGAUCGAAGCUUACGAUGGCGCCGAGGCUGUUCGACAGAUGUCCAAGAACCCGUCAGUUGACGUUGUGCUCAUGGACCUCUGGAUGCCCUUCAUGGACGGUUAUGAAGCCACUGAGAAGAUUCUUGCUAUGAGCCAUGGUAAGAACGGCGUCUGUGGCGGCACACCGACUGUUCUGGCCGUGACAGCGGAUGUCACCGAUGGUGCCCUUGAGAGGGCUGCCAAGGUCGGAAUGAAGGGGUUCAUGACCAAGCCAUUCAAGCUGAUGGACCUUCAACGUCUGAUUCUAGAAUACUGCGCUCGCAGUGGCAGUGAAGUCGAAGGCGGAGAGUGA